UAAUUUUCGAACUUUCUCUCUCCUCCCCCUUGUUCUCCUUCAUCAUCCUCCCAAAAAGUUUCCAAGAAUUCUCACACCCACACCCUUCCUUUCUACUCCACCAAUUGAAGCCACGUCACCCUCAACAACCCCUCUCUCUACUUUCUCUCUCUUAAAAGAACAUCCCAGAACGAGCAGUUUCUUUUCUUCACUCGUAACUCCCUCCUCAAUAAAAACGCAAAUCCUCCCAUCGCUCCCUGUAGACACUGCCAACUGCAACAAUACAACGCAAUUAAAAAAUAAAAAUAAAAACCCCGUCUCCAAUUUUUCCCCCAUUUGUUUUGCUUCAAAUUCUACAACCCCUCUCUCCUUCUUCUCACCUGCUCCUGCUAACCAUACCUCACACAAAUAAACAAAGAAGCAAAACCCAAUUCUCUUUCUUCUUCUUCCUAUUGAAAAGACAACGAAAACAGGACAUGGGUCUUCUCUGCUCCUGAUUUUUUUUUUCAUCCAUGGAUCUUGAAACAGGCGUUUAUAAUAACCCCGUCAAGAGAGAAUCUUGGAGGACAGUUCUUUCACUAGCGUACCAGAGUCUGGGAGUGGUUUAUGGGGAUUUAAGCACUUCCCCAUUGUAUGUAUACAAGAGUACUUUCGCAGAGGAUAUUCGGCACUCUGAGGGCAAUGAAGAGAUCUUUGGAGUCCUCUCCUUUGUGUUUUGGACUCUAACUUUAGUACCCCUAUUGAAAUAUGUGUUUAUAGUUCUAAGGGCUGAUGAUAAUGGUGAAGGAGGCACUUUUGCGCUUUACUCUUUGCUUUGUCGACAUGCUAGGGUUGGGUUUCUGCCCAAUGGGCAGCUUGCCGAUGAGGAGAUUUCGGCGUAUAAGAAGACGGAUGGGAGGUUUCAGUUGUAUAAUGGGGAUAGGAGUGAGAGGAGACCGGGGGCUGGAUCAAGGGUGAAGAGGGUAUUAGAGAAGCACCAAGUAUUGCAAAAGAUGCUGUUGAUUCUUGCACUGCUAGGGACUUGUAUGGUGAUAGGGGAUGGAGUGCUUACUCCCGCGAUUUCGGUUUUUUCAGCAGUCUCAGGGCUUGAGCUUUCAAUGUCGAAGCAGCAUCACAAAUAUGUUGAGGUUCCUGUUGCAUGCAUCAUAUUGAUUUGCUUGUUUGCGCUGCAACAUUAUGGAACUCACCGUGUAGGAUUCCUCUUCGCACCGAUUGUCAUCACAUGGCUUUUAUGCAUCAGCACAAUCGGAUUAUAUAACAUUUUCUAUUGGAAUCCUCAUGUAUAUAAAGCAUUAUCUCCAUAUUACAUGUAUAAGUUUUUGAAAAAGACUCAAAGAGGGGGCUGGAUGUCCUUGGGUGGAAUCUUAUUAUGUGUAACAGGUUCUGAAGCAAUGUUCGCAGAUCUGGGGCACUUCUCUCAGUUAUCAAUCAAGAUUGCUUUUACUUCUGUGGUUUAUCCAGCUUUGAUCCUAGCAUAUAUGGGGCAAGCAGCAUAUCUAUCUAAACAUCAUAUUAUUGAAAGUGAAUAUCGAAUUGGAUUCUAUGUAUCUGUCCCAGAAAGAUUAAGGUGGCCAGUUUUGGCAAUCGCUAUACUUGCAGCAGUGGUAGGAAGCCAAGCUAUUAUUACUGGUACUUUCUCCAUCAUAAAACAGUGCUCUGCUUUGGGUUGUUUCCCUCGGGUAAAAAUUGUGCACACAUCAUCCAAAGUGCAUGGACAAAUAUAUAUACCAGAGAUAAACUGGAUCUUGAUGAUAUUAUGUUUAGCUGUUACCGUUGGUUUCAGGGAUACAAAGCACUUGGGUAAUGCAUCAGGCUUGGCAGUGAUAACAGUAAUGCUGGUAACCACUUGCUUGAUGUCCCUCGUAAUGGUGCUAUGCUGGCACAAGAAUAUCCUACUUGCUAUAUGCUUCAUCCUCUUCUUUGGUACAAUUGAGGCUCUCUACUUCUCAGCUGCCCUCAUAAAAUUCCUCAGUGGAGCAUGGGUCCCCAUUGUCUUAGCUCUCAUCUUCAUGAUUGUUAUGUAUGUUUGGCACUAUGGGACUCUUUUGAAGUACGAAUUUGAUGUUCAGAACAAGGUGUCCAUCAACUGGCUCCUUAGCCUUGGCCCAACUCUUGGAAUUGUUCGUGUUCGUGGUAUCGGUCUCAUACACACUGAGCUUGUUUCUGGAAUCCCUGCUGUCUUCUCCCACUUUGUCACCAAUCUUCCUGCCUUUCAUCAGGUCCUUGUUUUCCUAUGCAUCAAAUCUGUCCCAGUCCCAUAUGUUCAACCCGAGGAACGGUUCCUCGUCGGUCGUGUCGGCCCGAGAGAGUACCGCCUCUACAGAUGCAUCGUCCGCUACGGGUACCAUGAUGUGCACAAGGACGACCUUGAGUUCGAGAAGGACCUUGUCUGCAGCAUCGCAGCCUUCAUUCAGUCCGAAAGCAACUCUGAACCCAAUGGCACUCCCUCAUCCGAGGUUUCUGUCAAGGACGAAGAAAAGAUGGCCGUUGUUGGUACAGGAUUCAGGCUACGAGAAGACGAGAACAGCGACCACAAUGACAGUGACAAGGAUGGAGCGAUCACAGAUGAAGGCACAUCGAAGCCGAGGGAGAUACAGUCACCGAUUGUAGUGAGGAGGAAGAGAGUUAGGUUUCUCUUGCCAGAGAGUCCGAAGAUGGAUAGUGGAUCGAGAGAGGAGAUGGAGGAGCUGAUGGAGGCGAGGGAGGCUGGGAUGGCCUUUAUAAUGAGCCAUUCAUAUAUGAAAGCGAAGAGUGGAUCAAGCUUCAUAAAGAGACUGGCGAUCAACGUCGGAUAUGAAUUCUUGAGGAGGAACUGUAGGAGUCCAACGUACGCGGUCAGUACGCCGCACGCAUCUACAUUGGAGGUAGGAAUGGUGUAUCAUGUAUGAGGUUUUUAUAGGAUGGAAAUGGAAAUUCUUGUAUAUUAAAUCUUUGUUGUGCUCUGUAUAUUAUGGUUAAGGGAUGAGUUUAUAGGUGUAGAGAGCUUCAAAGUUUUGAAGAUAAGAUGCCAAGAUAAGAUGCCCAUGUAAAUGUGAUGAAAUUUUUCGGGGAUGGAGAUUCUGGUGCGGUAGACUUUGAGGUACGGAUAGUGUGAUGUGGUGUUUCGAUAAGAAUAAUUUAUGUAGCUUGCAAAAGUUUGCAUCUAUCAUGUUGAGCUA